UGUGGCCUCCUGCAUCUGCACAGCGGGGUGAAGAGAGAGGAGACACCAUGACCCCCACCCUCAGGGCCCUGCUCUGCCUCGGUGAGAUGGGAGUGGGGAGGAGAACUCUGGUCUGUCAGGACCCAGGACUCAGGAGGCUCAUGGGAUGGAGGGUGCUGCUCAGGGCUCAGGGCAAAUCUCUCACAGGGACUCUCUUCCAGGGCUGAGUGUGGGCCUCAGGACCCCAGUGCAGGCAGGGUCCCUCCCCAAACCCACCAUCUGGGCUGAGCCAGGCCCUGUGAUCCCUUCUGGGAGCCCGGUGACCAUCUGGUGUCAGGGGUCUCCAGAGGCUGAGGAGUACCGUCUGGAUAAAGAGGGAAGCCCAGCACCAUGGAAAAUAGAGAAGCCACUGGAGCCCAGGGACAAGGCCAAGUUCUCCAACACAUUCAUCACAGAUGUAUAUGCAGGGAUAUAUCGCUGUUACUAUCGCAGCCCUGCUGGCUGGUCAGAGCGCAGUGACCCCCUGGAGCUGGUGGUGACAGGAUACUUCAGCAAACCCAGCCUCUCAGCCCUGCCCAGCCCUGUCGUGACCUCAGGAGAGAAUGUGACCCUCCAGUGUGGCUCAUGGGAGGGAUUUGGCAGGUUCAUUCUGACUAAGGAAGGAGAUGACAGGCUCUCCUGGACCCUGAACUUACCACACUCCAGUGGGCAGUCCAAAGCCCUGUUCUCUCUGGGCCCCGUGACUGCCAGAGACAGGUGGACAUUCAGAUGCUAUGGCUGUUCCAGGAACAGCCCCCAGGUGUGCUCACCAUUUAGUGACCCCCUGGAGCUCCUGGUCUCAGGUGAGUCUGAGAAGCCCUCCCUCCUGACCCAGCAGGGCCCCAUCGUGGCCUCUGGACAGAACCUGACCCUCCAGUGUCGCUCUGAUGUCGGCUAUGACAGAUUCGCUCUGCACAAGAAGGGGGGACGGGACCACCCUGAGAGCCUUGUCCUGCAGCCCCAGGCUGGGCUCUCUCAGGCCCACUUCCCCCUGGACACUGUGAGCAGCUCCCAUGGGGGCCGGUACAGAUGCUUCGGUGGAUACAAGCUCUCCUCUGAGUGGUCGGCCCCCAGUGACCCCCUGGACAUCCUGGUGGCAGGAUGGCUGCGUGACAGACCCUCCCUCUCGGUGCAGCCAGGCCCCAGGGUGGCCUCAGGAGAGAACGUGACCCUGCUGUGUCAGUCACAGAGCCCGAGGGGCACGUUCCUUCUCUCCAAGGAAGGGGCAGCCGAUCCCCCCUUGCGUUUGAAAUCAAAGCACAGAGCUCAGCAGUACCAGGCGGAGUUCUCCAUGAGUCCUGUGACCUCAGCCCACGUGGGCACCUACAGGUGCUAUAGCUCACGCAGCACCUCCCCCUACCUGUUGUCACUCCCCAGUGAGCCCCUGGAGCUCCUGGUCUCAGGAGCAGCCGACACCAUCAGCCCCUCACAGAACAACUCAGACCCCAGGAGUGCUUCCCAUCCACAGGACUACACCGUGGAGAAUUCCAUCCGGUUGGCUGUGGCUGGAUUGGUACUGGUGGCACUAGGGGUGCUGCUAUUUUGGUCUCAAAAUAGCCCGAAACAGACCCAGGAUGCAGCCAGGACAUGAUCAUGGAGGGAACCUUGCACAGUUCAGAGAGGGGGAUCUUGGGAAGGUUCUGGAACAUAACGUGGGACAUAUGCUGAGGAACCUGUCUGCGGCUCCUUGCAGGUAGAGGAGUCAUCGCUCCUGUGCAGGGACAAGGUCUGGACUUUCUGCCAUUGAACUGUGGUCCUUUCCCUCCCGACCCCUGUGAGUCUUGUGACUGGUUCUGACUUUCCCCAUUUUGGUGAAAUUAGCAUUUAUUCCACAUGGCAGGUACAGGUACACAGCUCCCUACACUUGCAUGGAAUAUGUUUUUCUUUAUGUCUAACAACAUGAACUUUCAUGUCUGUAUGGAGUCCCCAUCUUCUGAGUCCAGAGCACGCCAUCUAUUGUAGUCAAUCUACAAAGUGCACAAUCCAUCCUGCAAGAGGUAAACACACAGGAGGUCCUAACGCCCUCUCUGGACUCCACCCGCCCCUCACUUGCCCUUGGAGGCCACUUGUGUAAUUUCUGAAGAAACCUCACCCAUUGGGAUGAAGGCCUGGUUGUUUGAAGGGCUUUCCUGGUCUGCGCUGCCUCUGAAAACCCCACUGUCCAAAACACAGUGCAACACACAGAAAACGUGUUACA